GUUCAUUUGUCCUUCUUUUUUUACUUAACAAUUUGUAGAAGAAUUUCCAUGGAAUCAGAAAGAUUGUUUUUAAUGUUUUUUCACAUAACGGCUUGGGGAGUACCUUUUGUGAUCACUGUGGUUGCUUAUUUCUUCAACGGAGUUCAAUUAUUGGCAGACCUUGAAACUGGAUACAAGUGCUGGAUCCAGAAUGAAAAAACUUGGAAGGCAAUGUGCAUCUGGACAACUAUUACAGGAGAGGGCUGGGCCAUCAUGACAUACAUCACCAUGACUGUGUUCUACCUACUGGUCAAGCAGCACAUAAGAAGAGAGCUGAAGUCAAGAUUUUCUCCAGGAAGCACAUUUUUAACAUGGAAAUCCGCUCAUGUUGCAAGAAUGAUGGACUGCAAAUUAACAUUUAUUCCCAUGAUAUUUAUCCUGGAGCGUAUUUGGGGAACCAUACGAUUUUUCCUCCUUGUAACACAUUUUCACAAUCAUGGAAAGGAAAAUUUUACUUUACAGUGGCUUGAAAUUCUUCAUGGUAUUGGGAUUAACAGCCAAGGAUUUACAAAUUUCAUCUUGUUUGUCUGGUGUACCACAAAGAUAAGAGAAAAGUUAAUGAUGGGCUUAAGUCAAGAUUUUAUCCAGGAAGUGCAUUUUUUAUGUGGAAAUCUGCCCAAGUUCCAAGAAUGAUAUACUGCAUAUUAACAUUUAUUCCCAUGGUAUUUAUCCUGGAGUGUAUUUGGGGAACCAUACAAUUUUUCCUCUUUGUAACACAUUUUUUAUGAUCACAGGAAGGAAGAUUUCACUUUAGAGUUUAAUUCUUCAUGUAAGUAACACUGCCCAGUACUAUCACUGAAACACUGACUGAUGGACCUGUUAUAUUUUUAUGGUAUUCAAUGCAUCAGUAAGAUUUAAUUGCUAAAUUAUAAACAUAUGGUCUUCUUCAUGCUCUGAAGAGUUUGCAGGCCCUGAUUGUUUAAGGCUUGGAUAACGCUAUCCACUGGAUAAAUCUCUGUCCGUUGGAUAGCUCAGUACAUUUUGCAAUCACUUAUCUGCUAUGUGAGAAAUCCGCUUGCUAAUUUUUAAAAUCCAGUGGUUGUCUAU